AUGGCGAGCGCUAAGAUUGUGGUGUUUGCCGUGCUCGUCCUGCUGCUGCAGGUGUCGUCGUGCGCCGUCGCCCGGCGCCACCACGAGCCGGACCCGUGCCGCGACACGGUGCCGCCGGGUCUGAUGCGCCACAAGGAUCGCCGCCGCUGCUCGUCGUCCCCAGACGCGUCGGCCCACGGCGGCACGGGCACGCCCGCGGUGAUGACGGUGAACGGGUUCGAGCGCGGCCAGGAAGGGGGCGGCCCGUCCGAGUGCGACGGGCACUUCCACAGCGACCGCGAGAUGGUCGUGGCGCUGUCCACGAGGUGGUACGCCCACGGGCGCCGGUGCCACAAGACGAUCCGCAUCACGAGCGCACACAACAGGCGCACCGUGGAGGCCAGGGUCGUGGACGAGUGCGACUCCCGGCGCGGAUGCAAGGACAACAUCGUCGACACGUCCAAGGCCGUGUGGGAAGCGCUCGGGCUCGACACCAACCUCGGCGAGGUCCCCGUCACCUGGUCCGACGCCUAA